UUCGCAUUGUCAAUCGAUCACAAUCGGAGCAUAGAAACCCACGGUAGCAAUUUCCUUCAUGUGGCGGGGCUUUCCUUCUCACAGCAAGAGUGGAAAAUCGAAUUUCAAGGUCUUUGUUGAUAAGAUUACGAUGAGUAAGCAGUUAAGUUUUGUUGCAGCUGAUUACCAGAAUGAAGCUGAGGUUAGGGAGGCACUUGCUGAUGCAUUUCAAACUGGGCUUGUUAAGAGGGAGGAUCUUUUCAUAACCACUAAGCUGUGGAACUCUGACCAUGGACAUGUACUUGAAGCCUGUAAAGACAGUUUAAAGAAACUUCGCCUUGAUUAUUUGGAUCUGUACUUGGUUCAAUUUCCUGUAGCCACAAAGAAUACUGAUUUGACAUCCCAGAUGCUUGUGAGAGACUUAAUCCCCUCAGUGCCUUCUUUAGAUUCACCUGGUCAAGUACAAUUUAUGAUAGGAGAUUGUGAAGCUGCAGGUAAUGCCUUUCUCUUUAGUUAG